UCACUAUCCGCCUCAGAUCCUUCUCUCACUACAUCAGCCUAUAUGGUUUCCUCUCCGGACCGGCCAUACAGCUCCAGCACAGACGACGACAUCGCCUCGCUUCCGUCAGAGUCAACCUCGAGUUCGGAUAUUGAUACGCUCUCAGAUUACUCCGAUGCAGAGGCAGAAUGGCAAGAAAGCAUUGAGCAGCUGGAGCUUCUGUUGACAAUGGUUCUUGUGCCCUUUGUAGGGAAGUAUCUGGGGAGGAAGUGUGCCCAUUGGAGCUGGACCAGAUUCAUGGAGUGGAAGUAUCCUAUUGAAGUCGUCAUGAGCGAAAAGGCCGCGUACAAGCAGGGCUCUGGCGGUGUCCGGGCUUAUGCCUCGCUCUGA